AUUUAUUUAGCUUGUCUAUGGUUUUUUUUCCUGUAGCAAUAUUUCAAAAGGGAGUGAGUGAAGUGAAGUGAGUGAAGUAGGGCAAUCCAAAAUUCGCCAUUUUUGCUUUUAGUGAAGGGAGAUUUUUUAUUUGUCAGGCUGGAGGACAAGGAAUAUUCAGUAAAAAGUGUGUCAUUAGAUUUAAUUUCUCGUAGCAAAGACUUUAUUUGAACAGAAUCUUAGUAUAAUAGUGUGGUUUUAUUUAUUACUAACGUUUGUAUGUAGUGCUACUUCCCCAUCGUAAAAUUUGCUCGUUGGUGUGUCGCUUUAGCUAAUUCAAUGGCUAUGAUAUCGAAGUUUUAAUCCAUCGUGUCGCUUAGACGUUCUCCUCACGGGAUAAUAUCGAGAAAGCGAGGCGACGCCUUUAGAAAUGAGCAGGCCUCAAGGCGGACGCAUUCAAGUCCCGGAUGACCUUAGAGAGAUCUUAUUGGAGUUCACCAUAAGUUAUCUGCUGGAGCAACCGGGCGACGUGAUCAACUACGCGGUCGAGUUCUUCACAAGAUUACAAAACAACAGGACGACCACCGUAGUGAGGGCCCCCACCGUUACUGCCGGCACCCCUGAUGAGUCCAUAAUAUCAGACGAAGAAGAGCCGCCAGUGGCGCGCUUCAACACUCGACGCAAGUCGGUGUUCGCUGAGACUUACGACCCCGAAGAAGAUGAUUCGGACGAGGGAGCAACCACUGUGUUCCCCAAGUCGGACGCGCAACGCCAGCGUCUCGCCGAGGCAGUACGCAGCAUCCUGCUGUUCCGCUCCCUCGACGCUCAGCAGAUGCAACAGGUGCUGGACGCGAUGUUCGAGAAGCGCACGGAGCCAGGAGAGUACCUGAUCAGGCAGGGUGAUGACGGAGACAACUUCUAUGUCAUCGAGAAUGGCAUGUUCGACGUGCUCGUCACCGGAGAUGAUCGCAUCGAGAAGGUGGUGCACACAUAUGAAGGUAGUGGCUCGUUUGGCGAGCUGGCCCUGAUGUACAACAUGCCCCGUGCGGCCUCUGUGCGCGCUCAAACCCCGGGCCAGCUGUGGGCCAUGGACCGCCACACCUUCCGCCGCAUCUUGCUCAAGAGCGCCUUCAAGAAGCGCAAGCUGUAUGAAGAUCUGCUGGAGAAGGUGCCCAUGCUCAAGGCAUUGCAGGCGUACGAGCGCGCCAACCUCGCGGACGCCCUUCUGCCGCGCACAUUGACCGACGGCGAGCUGAUCAUCCGCCAGGGAGACACCGCCGACGGCAUGUACUUCGUCGAGGACGGCGCCGUCAGCAUCCGCAUCACCCGCGAUGACGGCAACGAGCAUGAGAUUAAGCGCCUUGAGGCGGGUGGUUACUUCGGAGAGCUGGCUCUGGUCACACAUAAGCCGCGCGCUGCAUCUGCUUACGCCGUCGGCCCCACCAGGGUGGCAUUCCUUGACGUGGAGACAUUCGAGCGGCUGCUGGGUCCGUGCAUGGAGAUCAUGAAGCGCAACAUCGAUGACUACGAGGAGCAGCUCGUCAAGCUGUUCGGCGACAAGAGCAACCUCACCGACGUGCGAUGAACGGCCCGCGCACGCACUCCGCGCCGCCACUUGUUUCCCUUCCACACACCGUAAUCUACUCCUCUAUUCGUUCUCAACGCUUCACUGAGGUUAUGCUGACCCUCCCCUCCAUUUUACCUCAAAACCUAUUAUAACUCUUAUUGUAUAUUUUGAACGCCAGUACAUGACAAUGGUAUAUUCUUACUUUCAAAACUUAAAAGGAUAUUUUUGAUUGAUUGGUACACAGCAUAACCUCAUUAAAUCAAGUCUGUUUGUGCUCAUAAAGCCAAAGGCGACGCUUACUAAAUAGCUUAAAUGUAACAUAAUUGUGCUUAACCAACUAAAAUGUUGUAGAGUACAAGUACCUACACAGGUUUAUUUAAUAUCAUUUUGAAGUAGUGCCAUGUUGUUUAUUAUAUUUGAACUUAAUCGUAUUAGAUAAUGUAUGGAUUACGCGUUGAAUGGAAGGUGAAACGAUGACUACAUAACGAGCGCUCAAUAAUAUUGCAUUGAUACAAAAAUACGCUUAUUUUAGAUAGAGAAAUGCCUUAGUAGCUAAGUAUAUAUAAGGAUCACACCGAGGAGGUGGCGGCGAGCCGAGCGCGUAGAAAACAAAAUGUUGACACCAGCUCUAGUGCCAUACGUGGCCGGCCAUGCAGGACUUGUCACACAUUCUGACUGCAAUAUGUAUAAUAUGCAACCAGUUCGUUGCGACCGCGACCCAACGAAAGCGUGUCAUAAGUUGUUUUGUUUUCUACGGAUGUCGUCACCUAACACGAACAAGUCAACAUCUGACGAUAACAAUAAAAGAAUUUAUGACUCGAGGGUAAAAGGCAUUAGUGUUAAACUUUAACAUAAAUAUGUUAACGUAGUGAGUGAUUACAAUGCAAUACUAUUCGGCACUCGGCCACGUCUUAUCUUGGGAUAUUCUCAAUUGCUAUCGCCAUUUCUAUUAACUUAAGAUAUUUCCACUGACACAGGCUUUUCUGAAUGAUAACAAAACUAUAUACCUAGUAGGUAAAUUAUAUACUUAGUUGUAUUUUUUAUUUUUGUGAUUAGAUUAAAUCUGUCACUGUCUAUCUUUAUUUAUUUUUUAGCUCGGUUAAUGGUUUUUCGUCGAUAUAUGUAUAUGGAGAUUUUAAUGCAAAGAUCAAUUUAUUAUAUGCCAAAUUAUAAAUAAUAGAUUAUGUAUAUGUCGUUACGAACAUCUAGCGAAUUUAUAAUAUGUCGCAGACACGGUGUUGUAUCAGUAAGAUUGAUAACAUCGACUUCGCGAAUGGGAAUAUGUACAUCCUAAUGCAAUACAUAAUAUACAAACAUAAAUAUAUGUAUAAUUUAUUUAGUUUGACAGAGUAUUUUUAUUGUUUCAUAGUAAUUUUGUUAAGCAAAAGGAAUUGUUUAUGUUUUAAUUAAUUUAAAUCUUCUUUUCUGUUGUAGAGAGUUCCUAUUGUUUUGUUUGCUCUUUAACAUUUUUACAUUAUAAUAGAUCUGAGGUGUUUAUCUUUGUAAUACUUUUUAUAGCGAACACAAAGCUCCAAUGAACAAAUAGUAGAACCCAUUGUUGUUGUUUUAUAUGUCCCUGCAAGAGAUCGGUGUAUAAAUUGUAACGAUUCGAUUCAGUGGACACAAGUUAGGUAGAGGCCUGCCGGCGCACUCGUCCGACCCUCAGGUACAAGUUUCCAGUAUUAUUUGAAUUAGAAACAUCCUACCACCUUAUUUGUGACUCCAACCAAAGUAGGUGAGUGCGUAAAUAUCAUAUUGUGUAGCGCUAAAUAUUUAAGUAUAUAUUUACUAUGUAGUAGUUAGUUUUCGUCAUUUCUUAUUGUAAUUUAAAUAUUAGUAGAUUAGGAAAUUUUAAUGGAAUAUAGUCAAAUCCUGAGGGGUGAGGUGUAUCGUUUUUGACGCCAUGUACAAAAGUGUACAAAUUGAUUUCAGAUGCCAUAGAUUUUAUUUAAUUGAAUGAAUAUAAUACGUUAGUUAUUUUAUUGUGGAAUAUAAAUGUACUGCUUUCUAAUUUCACUGGUUAACUAAGUGCAGACAUGUUCUGUGUGAGCACAUUUAUACAUGUCGGCCUUCGCUUCGCUGCUUAUUGUAACUCCAUAGUAUUCGUUAACUAUUGGUUUGUUUACUUGUUUGGUUCACCUAGCUAAUACAUUCCCACUUGUGGUUGACAUUGUAUUUAUUUAUUUUGUUUGAGAGAAUAUUACGGUCCGCCCGUCGAUUUUGUUAUAAUUACAUUCUUACUCAAAGUGCCUAUUUCCUACAACAUUGACCUGGACAUUAUUUCGUAUUACACUCUCACUAACAAUUAUAAUAUUAAUCUCGUGUUUUAACUUAACUGCCUUUUUCUAUGUGAAAUUGUGAAAUGUGUUGUGAGAUAUGUGUAUUUAGUGCAUCAAACAUAACAGUCAUUCAAUACACCGACAUAACAUUGAGACCAGUCUGCUACUAGUACUACGAUAGAACAUCAAAAUAUUUAACGUUCACAGCAC